UCUCUGGCUUUUAGCUGAUCGAUCGACAGAUUACCAGAUACAAAAUUAGGUAGGGGAGGGUCCUUGCUUUUACUCCAAUCCAAACAAAAAGCCCUCUCACUUCAUGCUAGGGUUCGUGCUCGUGGGUUUUAUUUUAGAUCUUAUCAGCCAAAUGCAGCACAAGGAGACCUGAUUUCUUCUUCCAGAUCUCUCCCAUGGUAGAUUCUUCAAAUCCCGAUCGAUUUUGAGUGAAUAAUAAGAUCGAUAGAUCUAUUAGAAUUCAAGCAUGGAAUUGAAUGGCUGUAAUUUAGAGAACAGAAACAGAGGGAGUCAUGAUGAUUCUGAAGAAGACAAGUGCGUUCCCUUCGACAUUGAAAACUCUAGGAGGAGGAAUUCUGAUGUCGAUUCCGAUGUCAAUGGCAUCGCCAUGGAUUCUUUGUCGGUUAAGAAGUCUCCUCCUACUCCUGUAUCUGCUGCUGAUAUUUUGAAGACUCUGUUUUUUAUUCUUGUUUGGUACACUUUCAGCACUUUUUUAACCUUGUACAAUAAGACUCUGUUAGGAGAUGAUAUGGGGAGAUUUCCAGCUCCGUUGCUGAUGAAUACUUUCCAUUUCACAAUGCAAGCUGUUUUAUCCACGGCUAUUACUUGGUACUGGUCUGAUCGGUUUCGGCCGAAUGUUGCUAUGUCGUGGAAGGAUUAUUUUAUAAGAGUUGUACCAACAGCUCUUGGAACUGCAUUCGAUGUUAACUUGAGCAAUGUGUCCCUUGUUUUCAUCUCUGUUACAUUUGCCACAAUGUGUAAAUCUGCAGCUCCAAUAUUUCUCAUUCUAUUUGCCUUUGCAUUCAGGUUGGAAUCUCCAAGCGCUAAGCUUUUUGGUAUCAUCAUGGUAAUCUCUGUUGGAAUUUUAUUAACAGUUGCGAAAGAGACAGAAUUUGAGUUUUGGGGCUUUGUAUUUGUUAUGCUUGCUGCUGUAAUGUCUGGAUUUCGCUGGUGCAUGACUCAAAUUCUCUUGCAGAAAGAAGCAUAUGGUUUGAAAAAUCCACUUACAUUGAUGAGCUAUGUCACUCCAGUGAUGGCAAUUUCAACCGGUCUUCUUUCUCUUGUCUUAGAUCCAUGGCAUGAAUUUAACAAAACAAGUUACUUCAAUAAUUCAUGGCAUGUUGCUCGGAGUUGCCUGCUCAUGUUUUUUGGGGGAACACUCGCUUUUUUCAUGGUUUUAACGGAGUUUGUUCUUAUUUCAGUAACUAGUGCCGUCACAGUGACAAUAGCUGGUGUUGUCAAGGAGGCUGUGACUAUAUUGGUUGCGGUUAUUUAUUUCCAUGAUAAAUUUACCUGGUUGAAAGGUGCUGGGCUUUUGAUUAUUAUGGUUGGUGUCGGCUUAUUCAACUGGUACAAGUACCAAAAGCUACAGAAGGGCCAAACAAGUGAAAAUGACUCGGCUGGGUCAUCCCCAACAAAUGUUGCAACGAAGUAUGUUAUCCUUGAUGAGAUGGAUGAUCUAGAUGAUGGCACUUGAUGGUUCUAUAAUCUUAAAAGCCAGGUGAAUUGAGGUUUACUUGUUGUAGAAGUUCGUGAUGAGUGCCGCCGGCAACUACUCUCGGAUUUGCAAAGUUCCUUGCUCGUCAAGCAUUUUACUUGUACUUGUACUUAUACAAAAACGAUAGAUUGAGAAAUUUGGAGCCAUGAAGAGUCAAGAGAGAAGAUCCCUUGACAUUUUUGUCUUCCCAUGGUUAGCAGAAAAUUGCAGUCUUCUCGAUCAAUUGUAUCCUGGACUAAGCACAUGUUCAUCGAUUUGUAGUCUAAUAUUUCAUUCAAUUGUGGUAUUUUUUCUUUCUUUCACGUUAUUGUUUAGAACAUAGAGAGAAUGUAAUCGUGAAACCCACGUUAUAGUAGAUGGAUUUUUCUUUUUGCAACAA